CAAUAAAAUGGCGUAUCGUCUGUAAUUUUGUACAGUCAAAAAGUGUAUUGCAUUGUGUACCUAUGUGAUAUUGUUUUUAUUCUGUGGGUGUUUACUGUUUUAUCAUCCUAAAUGAAUACUAUAAUAAGAUAGGCAAUGUAAACUUAAUUUAUUAAUUAUAUUAUGUAUAAUCAGUGUCUAGGUAUCAUCAAUAAAAUUUAAAUUCUAAAACCUAGUGUUUUACAUAAUCUUGUGAUUGUGGUCAGUUGGCAGUUCUUGUAAACAAUCUUUUUUAUUACCUUUAACUUAUACGUCAUAAACAGUGCUUUAUUUACUUACGCCAUGGGUGGAGGUGACCUGAAUUCAAAAAAAUCAUGGCACCCGAGUACAUUAAAGAAUCAGGAACGUGUUUGGAAAGCAGAACAGGCUGCAGCAGAAGAGAAAAAAAGAAUUUUGGAGUUACAACAUGAACGAGCAGAGGAAAAGGACAGAGAUGAACUUAAUAGUUUAGUGCGAAAGAAUUUCAGUGUAGAGAAAAACUUGGAUGAUAAACGUCUGGACUGGAUGUAUAAUAAACCAGAAAAACAAGUUCAGCAAGAGGAAUAUUUACUUGGUAGAGCUAUUGGAAAAAGCUAUGAUCAAUCUGGGAAAUCUGAUCAACCGGAGAUUCCUGCUGUUGCACGAAGAGUAGUUGGUUCCAGCAUGAUAACAGCAGCAAGCGAUGUUCAGGUUGAUCUAGCUCGCAAACUCCGUGAGGAUCCAUUACUGUUGGUCCAGGAGAGAGAGAGGGCAGCACGAGCAGCAUUACUAAAUAAUCCAGUCCAAAGGCGUCGACUUACUGAGCUGCUGCGUAAAGAGCAGGAAGCAAACAGCCAAAAAAAAGCUAAGAAAAAACACAAAAAGAAGGACAAAGACCUUGAUAAUAUAUUAGCUGCAAAAUUAAAUGCCUUAGGUUCAGACAAGAUAGAUUUGUCAAAACUUUUAGAAUCUGAUGACUCUUCAGAUGAGUCUUCUUCAAGUCAUGAGAAAUCAAAGAAAAAAAAGAAGAAAAAGAAAUCCAAAAAAGAAUCUAAAGAGAAGAAGAAAGAUAAAAAGAAGUCUAAACAUAAAACAGAAAAUGAUGAAUCUGACAAGAGUAGGAAACGGAAGAGUAGUGAUUUUGAGAAUGAGUCUAGAGAUGAACAGUAUAGCAAAAAACAGAAGAGAGAUGUGUCAGAUGACUAUAAUAAAUGCAGUUCCUCUUCAAAACCUAGUAAAUAUAAUGAAAGAGACUUUAAAAAACCUCAUAGUGAUAAAGGGUCAGAGAGACGGUAUGGUCUUGAGACAUUUGGUGAUAAGCAGAGAUCACAUUAUAAAGAUAGAAAGGAAUAUACGACUACUGAUGAUAAAACUAAAACUGAUCACAGAAGCAGCAAAAAAAUUGGUUUGAGCGCAGAAGAAAAAGCAGCAAGAUUGGCGGAAAUGGCAGCUGCUGGCGCAGAAAGGGAAGUCCAAAGAGGACGUAAAGUGGCAGCACAGUUGGCUGAAAAAGAAAUAGAGGAGAAGUUAUCAAAUUCACGUUUACCAGCUCGAAGUGAAGCCAGAGCCUUGCCUGACUCUCUCGAGAGUAGAAUUCACUCAAACAGACAUUAUAUCCAAAGGGAUAAAAGACAAAUGAAUGAGAACUUUGCCAGAAGGUGAUUAAAAAAAAUACUCUUACA